AUGACUCAGCCUUCACAGCAGCCUCCUCUCGAUGACGAGCCUAUUCCUUUCUUCGGCGGUGCCAAUACUGGCCUCAGUACAGGUCCGUCUGCACCACGGCAGCCAAUCCAACCUCUUCGUCCACAACCACAGCAGGGUCCUGUUAGACCGCCUAUUCAGCAACAACGGACCGGCAAUACUAUUGCUCCAGUGCAGCUUCAGCCUCAACGUCAUCCUCAGCAGCAUGCCCAUCCAAUACCUCAACAAGGGUAUGGGCUACAACAAGUUCAACAGCCGUCGCGGCAGAUGAAUCAAUCACCCUUUGCAUCUGCUGCUGAUCUAUUUACAAGCUCACCUGGAAGUCAACAGCAAGGACCACUUCAAGGAUAUCAAUCUCAAGCACAGCCACAGAGAUUCCCUCCCUCAAAUCAGCUUCCACCACCAGUACAGCAACAACAGCACCAACAGCAGGCAUCCUCACAUCAAAGACAACAGUCUCUUCCAUAUCAACAACAGCAACAAGCAUCUAGCCAGUCUCAGCGGAAUCCUCAGCAGCAACAAGAGCAAUUUUCAGCCCAGGGGACCGUGCUUCCUGCCGUCGCUCCCGUCCCACCUCAAGAACAGUCUUAUUCUCCUUUCGCGUCAGCUUCCGAUUUGUUUGGAAAUUCGAUUAGCCAAGCUACAGGAUGGUCAAUUUCCUCCGCAACAGAAGAUGCUGUUACUUAUGGACAUCCAACUAUGGUCCCCUCUCCUCUUCAAAAGCAACCUUCGCAGCCUCUAAUGUCUCAGAGUCAGGAGACGCCUCUAGCGCCCCCACCCCCACUCCAGCAUUCAAUUCAAUCAUCGCAGCAACAGCAACAAUAUCAAGGUCCUCCUCAAGGGCCGAGCCCAAUUGCUCCUAGUCCACAUAUGUAUGCAUCUGCGCCGGUCCAAACUGAUCAAACAACUCAGAAGCAGCCAUCGGCUUGCCUUCCACCACCUCCAAGAGCAGCUAUCAGUACGCCAAGGCAAGGCGCAUCUUUACCAUCAUCCUCGCAGCAAGAUACAUCACCCUAUGCAAAUCAUUUGCCGCCAAAGACGCCCAUUUUGACAGCCAUUCAAACACCAUUGAUGCUUCCUGCUCAAACACCCCAGGCCCUUCAGUCAUCUCAUACCCCUUACAUAGGCCCAGUGCGUAACCAAUAUGAUUCUUCCUCACCACAAAUAUUACUAAAGCCAUGCCCUUAUACUGACUGUGGUGGUGAGAACAAACCAUAUUCAAAAUUUUGCUCCGAAUGUGGUCGCUCCAUCUCUACCACUAGCCACCCUGCGACACCUGCACUCGGUCGCACUGAAUUGCCGGUCUCAAGCGUCCCUCCAAUGCCUAACCUCGACCGUAUAAACGCCUUUUCUCAAGAAUACCAGCAGAACGAUCUAUACAUCAACAAAACUCAGGACGAUCAGGCUCAGCAGCAGUACGGUCUGGAUUAUGACCAAAGUCGUGAUCAAGAAUAUGAGCAAGCGCACGAUCAACAAGACUAUAGUCAACAGGGACAUGACCAGCAGGGAUAUGGUCAGCAGAACUAUGGCCAACAGAGCUAUGACCAGCAGAACUAUGAUCAGAACUAUGACCAACAGAACUAUGAUCAGCAGAACUAUGAUCAGCAGAGCCAUGAACAGCAGAGCCAUGAACAGCAGAAUUAUGAUCAACAAAACUAUGAGCAGCAGAAUUAUGACCAACAGAACUAUGAGCAGCAGAAUUACGAUCAACAAGGCUAUAACCAACAAAGUUAUGAGCAACAAGGCUAUAAUCCACAGUGCUAUGACCCGCAGAGUUAUGAUCCGCAAAGCUUUGAUUCGCAGAGUUAUGAUCCGCAAAGUUAUGACCCGCAGAGCUAUAGCCAACAGAACUAUGAACAAGGCUAUCAACAGCAGGAGUACGACCAAACUUAUAGUCAAACUUAUGGCGAUACUGCAUAUUAUGAUCAGAACCAACAAGGGUUUUAUGACCCCACGACUAGUCAGUAUAUAGAUCAAUACCAGCAACAAGAGCAGGCCAUGCCGGAACCAGAGCCUAUGCCCGAAGAACUCGAAGGAGUUGAUGAUCCAUUGAAUAGAAUCCAUGGAUGCCCAAUUAUCGCUUUCGGAUUUGGAGGUAUCGAACUACGUUAA